UUGGUUUCCAGCUAUGGCCGCCAUUACCUGACAAGUACCAGAGCUGGUCUCUGCGCACGCCUGGAGAGGUUGUCAGAGUUGUUUCUGCUUUUCACACAGCAGGCUUCUGGUUUGUGGCAGGGAAGAGAAUUCUGCCCCUGAGGCAUGGCCGGAAGGCAGAACUAGCUGUGUGCCUCAGUCUGCGGAGUCUUUCAGGAUUCAGCUGAGGUGGGCCUCAGUCCACAGACAAGAUGCUCUUGGCUCUGCUGUUCACACUGAUGCUCUAUGCAAACCUCCAGGCUCAGGAAAACUCUUUCACCAUCAACAGCAUCCAUAUGGAAAGCCUGCCAUCCUGGGAGGUGACGAAUGGGCACACACUGACCCUGCAGUGCCUUGUGGAUAUCAGCACCACCUCGAAAAUCAGGCCUCAGCACCUGGUGCUGUUUUAUAAGGACGAUGUGCUGGUGUACAACGUCUCCUCCAGGGAGCACACAGAGAGCUACGUCAUUCCUCAGGCUCGGGUCUUCCACUCAGGGAAGUACAAAUGCACCGUGAUCCUGAACAACAAGGAAAAAACCACAAUAGAGUACCCGGUGAAGGUGAAUGGAGUACCCAUGCCUCAGGUGACACUGGACAAGAAGGAGGUGACAGAAGGCGGGAUCGUGACAGUCAAUUGUUCCAUGCAAGAAGAAAAGCCACCACUAUAUUUUAAAAUUGAAAAGCUAGAACUGGAGACAAAGCUUAUCAAGCGAACGAGAGAGAAGAUCUCCAACCAGAAUUUUGUGCUCAUGGAAUUUCCCAUUGAGGAGCAAGACCAAGUGGUAGUGUUUCGUUGCCAAGCUGGGGUCCUGUUCGGAGCUGAAGUGGUGCGCUCAGAAUUCACCAGGAGUGAAUACGUCACCGUACAGGCGUCCUUCUCCACUCCCAAGUUUCAAGUUGAGCCUCCUGAGAUGAUCAUAGAAGGAGACCAGCUCCACAUUAAGUGUAUAGUUCAAGUGACACACCUGGUCCAGGAAUUUCCAGAAAUUAUAAUCCAAAAGGACAAGGCGAUUGUAGCUACAUCCAAACAAGGCAGUGAAGCUGUCUACUCAGUCAUGGCCAUGGUAGAGCACAGUGGACACUAUACCUGCAAAGUGGAAUCAAACCGCAUCUCCAAGACCAGUAGCAUCAUGGUCAACAUAACAGAGCUGUUUCCCAAGCCGAAGCUAGAAUUCUCCUCCAGUCACCUGGACCAGGGAAAAAUGUUGGACCUGUUCUGCUCCGUACUGGGCACACCUGUAUCCAACUUCACCAUCCAGAAGGAAGAGACGGUGUUGUCGCAGUAUCAGAAUUUCAGCAAGAUCGCUGAGGAGAGGGACAGCGGGCUGUACAGCUGUACCGCAGGCGUUGGCAAAGUGUUCAAGAGAAGCGACUUGGUACAGAUCCAGGUGUGCGAAAUGCUCUCGAAGCCCAGGAUUUUUCACGAUGCCAAGUCUGAGAUCAUAAAAGGACAAGCCGUGGGCAUCAGCUGCCAGUCAGCAAAUGGGACUGCACCCAUCACUUAUCACCUUAUGAAAGCAAAGAGCAACUUCCAGACUCUCCAGAUGAAAUCCAAUGAUCCAGCAACAUUCACAGAUAAGCCCACCAGAGACAUGGAAUACCAGUGCAUAGCAGAUAAUUGCCAUUCCCAUCCCGAGGUGCACAGCGAUAUCCUGAGGGUCAAGGUGAUAGCCCCGGUGGAUGAAGUUAUGAUUUCCAUCCUGUCGAGUAACGAGGUACAGUCUGGAAGUGAGAUGGUGCUUCGGUGCUCCGUGAAAGAGGGGACUGGCCCAAUCACGUUUCAGUUUUACAAAGAAAAGGAGAACAGACCUUUCCACGAAGACACCGUGAAUGACACCCAAGCGUUUUGGUUCAAUAAACAAGCUAGCAAGGAACAGGAAGGACAGUACUAUUGCACAGCCUCCAACAGAGCCAGCCUCAUGAGGACCAGUCAGAGAAGCAGCACUCUAACCAUCAGAGUCUUUCUUGCCCCAUGGAAGAAAGGGCUCAUUGCGGUAGUUGUCAUUGGAGUGGUCAUCGCCGCCUUGAUAGUUGCAGCCAAAUGCUACUUUUUGAGGAAAGCCAAGGCCAAACAGAAACCCGUGGAGAUGUCCAGGCCAGCCGCUCCACUUCUGAACUCCAACAGCGAGAAGGUUUCUGAGCCCAGUGUGGAAGCCAACAGUCAUUACGGUUAUGAUGAUGUUCUUGGAAACGAUGCAGUAAAACCCAUAAAUCAGAAUAAAGACCCCCAGAACAUGGAUGUAGAAUACACAGAAGUAGAAGUUUCCUCCCUUGAGCCUCACCAAGCUCUGGGAACGAGAGCCACAGAGACGGUGUACAGUGAAAUCCGGAGGGUCGACCCUAAGAACGGACGGCUCCCUUGAUGGAACUUAAGACAGCCAAGGCAGGUGCGAGUCCUGGGAGGUCGUCUGUGUCUUGAGGAGAGCAGCCGACUCCUGUACUACAAGAGUCCUGGGCACUUAUUUAUGAACCAGCCCUGUGCCCACCGAAAGUAGCAAUCCUUCAGGCCAAGCCAUCCAAUUUUAAAUUCCUCUUGUCUUGUUAAUUUGGGGUAUACAGAGAAUCAGAGGCGUUGUUUAAUGGCCAGCCUGACCUGUCUUCUAAGCUGGAGCAUCCUUGCCUUUUGGGGGGGGAAUGAAAGGAAAUUCUAGGAGAAUGCUGCCCCGGAGUGUUUUGAGGUGCACAUGUUGUAUCUCUGAUAGAGUGCUUCUUGGUGGAUCCUUCUACGCAGAAGCCACUUUCUGCUCGUUGUCAAACGUCAAUCAAUCACUGGGUUAGUUGUUUUGUUUUGUUUCUGUUGAUCUUUUCCUUUCUGGGCUGACCUUGAUCUUUGGAAGUAUACAGUGCUGCUCAGGUUUGCCUGAUCCCCUGUGUGACUUCUCCCACAAAGGGGGACCAGCUGGCUGGGAGCAAUGCCCCUGGAGUGGCCACUAGAAGACAGGCCUCAAGCCAACAACAGCAAAACUAGAGACUGGGGCGAGCAUUUAAAGUGCUUCCUGGAUCUUUCUUUUCUACUCCAUGCUGAAGACCCAAAGAAGAAAAAUGGCUGGCUACAGCAACUGUUAUUUUUUUUUUUUUAAUAGUAAAAAGAAAUGUGUACCUUUCUCACUAAUUUUUCUUUAUUUAUUCCUCGCUAAAGAAUCGGUCUCCUGAGGUCUGAGCUGUUUCUGAAGGUGGCUUGAGUUGGUGGGUGGGAGCUGCCUCCAUUUUGCCGUGGAAUAUCAUACCUAACCCUCCUCGCGAUCCCUGUUUGUCUCAGCCACCCGGCUACAGGGUCCCUGAAGGGGGUCAUAUUAAAUAAAAAUUGAUUUUUACUCUUC